AUCCCUUCCAACCCGCGUGCAGACGUCAACAUCGCUCUCACAUCCCAGGCAAGCAGCGAAUUAGACACAGGAUUGAGAGUGUAGUGUGUGAGGUGCAAAGGUGAGCCGGCGUGCGGUGUUGACGCCAGAUAGGAGCCGCACGACGCAUUAUGAGUGAAGCAGACGAAGACAUGAACACGAGCGUCAACGGCGACCGAUUCGUCGAACAUAUCAAGCUGCUGCACGGUCGGGGAGCGCGGAGCAAAUAUGAAGCGAAUACACUUCCUCACCAACGUCAACCAAGCCCUGAACUUUCUACAGAGCAAAAAUAUAAAGUUGGUGAAUAUCAACACGGGGGACGUGGUUGAUGGAAGACCAGCCGUGGUCCUCGGACUCAUAUGGACGAUUAUCUUGUAUUUCCACAUAGAGAAAGGCACGCGCGAACUCCUAGAACGCAAGCGAGCCGAUUCAGUACUAGCGCCGGUAGAUGGCGUUGCUGAGAGCGAGAAGCAGACGAAGGAGGAGGAGGUAAAAUCCGCGCCAGCGCCGAAUGUUGGCGCCAGAGCGACGUUACUCAGUUGGGCUAGCGACGCCAUGGAAAGGUACGUCUUGUCACAAGAGAAUGUUAAAAACGCCGAGGAAGAGGAGAUGGUGAAGGAUGAGAACGAAGAAGAGAUAGUUAAAGAAGAGAUAGAGGCGGCGGAUGAGAUAGUGACAGCGGGUGGAUCAGACAGUAGCGUGACGCCAUCUACAUCAUGGCAGGAGACGUUACUGUCGUGGAUCUUCGCAGAGAUAAAGGCAGACGAAGAUAACGAACGAUCUCUAGGCGAGUUUUAA